AUGCAGUGCAUAGGGGAUAUCAGUGAAGAAGUCUGGCAAGACUGCAUCACCCUCUUCCUACAGACUGGGAUGUGCUGUGAUGCGGCAAUAAUAAGCAAUUCCCCACCUUGGUUGUUGGCUUCUUAUCCUGAAGGCAACCUGUUCCAACUGACCCAGGAAGAAAUUCAGAUCUUGCUGAUGAGAGAAGGGAGAGAGAAGUUGUUUCUUCAGGGAAUCACCCUUGCAGGGACCAAAUGUUUGUUGAUCCGGGACAACCUAUACACUGAGGGCAACAACACCAUGGAUCUCCGCACCAAAGGCCAGAGUCGGGGCAGCCAAGCAGUGACAGUAGUUCAGAUCGAGUCUGUAUACCUUGUGGUGAUGGGACAAAAAGGAACAGAAGGAGGGCCUCUGAACCUCAAGGCUUUUGAGAUGGCGGGUUACAUCAAAGAGGCCAUUCAUCAACAUAUGGCCCAUUUCUAA